AGGUGGGUGGGGCCUGAGGGGAGGGUACAUUGGGGCGGGGUGUGCAGCGCGCGGGGGCUGGGCUCUGCCAGUCUGUCCGACCGCGGACUCGAGAGCUGCACACCCUAUUGGAGCCCGGGACGCGGCACCCCGGGGGAGGAGGGCGAAGAGACGCGGGGAUGGCUCUGCGGGGACUCCCGGGGUCCGCCGUCCUCGCCGCUGCUGUCUUCGUGGGAGGCGCCGUGAGUUCGCCACUCGUAGCCCCGGACAAUGGUGGCAGCCGCAUAUUACAUUCCGGAACCAAGACGACGCCCUCACCCACAAACAACACUGGGAAUGGACACCCAGAAUAUAUCGCAUAUGCGCUCGUCCCCGUGUUCUUCAUCAUGGGUCUCUUUGGCGUCCUCAUCUGCCACCUGCUUAAGAAGAAAGGCUAUCGUUGUACAACAGAAGCCGAGCAAGACGUGGAAGAGGAAAAGGUUGAAAAGAUAGAGAUGAACGACAGCGUGAAUGAAAAUAGUGACACCGUUGGACAAAUUGUCCACUACAUCAUGAAAAAUGAAGCAAAUGCCGAUGUUUUGAAGGCAAUGGUGGCAGAUAACAGCCUGUAUGAUCCUGAAAGCCCUGUGACCCCCAGCACUCCUGGGAGCCCGCCCGUGAGCCCCGGGCCCUUGUCACCGGGAGGCACCCCAGGAAAGCACAUCUGCGGCCACCAUCUGCACACAGUGGGCGGUGCUGUCGAGCGGGACGUGUGUCAUCGAUGUAGGCAUAAGCGGUGGCACUUCAUCAGACCUGCCAACAAGUCCAAAGAGGGCCGCCCGAGGCGCCAAGGGGAGGUCACCGUCCUCUCUGUGGGCAGGUUUAGAGUUACGAAAGUGGAACACAAGGCAAAUCAGAAGGAGCGGAGAAGUUUGAUGUCAACCGGUGGGACCGAGAGUGUCAACGGGGAGGUGCCUGCCACACCUGUGAAGAGGGAGCAGAGUGGCCCAGAGGAGCAGGAAUGACUAUAUUUGAAGAGUUCUAAGAGACUGAAAACUUAUGACAUAUGAAGUUGCCUAGGGAAUUAUUUUUUUAUCUUUUAUACAAUUUCUAUGGUGGAGUCUGCAGGCAUGUGGAUGAAAGCUAAAAGGGACUAUUGUUGCUAUGCUGGAUACAGAACUCAGUUUGCUUUGAAACAAGUUUUGGUUUAAAAAAAAAAAACAAAACUGACGAAAAAUGUAUUGCAUUUCCAAGGAGAAAAAGAGCUCAUUUUUAUUUUUAAACCUUCCGCCCCGCCUCCCAUCCCCUCUUCAUGGCCUUGGUAUACACACUGCAGUUUUUCCAGUAUGAUCUCUGUGUACAGUGGAACUAUAUAGUCUGAGCUAAUGCUUGGGGGGUGUGUGUGUGUGUGUGUGUGUGUGUGUGUACACGUAUGUCUGUGCGUCUGCUUCUGUUCCCCCAGCCCUUGGAUCUCAUUUUGCUACUGGUUGUAAGAUCGUCUUACAGUUUUACUGUUACAGAAGAUAAAAGGCGAGUCUUCAGUGGUGAGGGCUCUUGGAAGGUAACCUGGUCCGGCCCUGGGCAGUUGAUCACCCAAGAGAGCAUGGAGUCAGAGGGAACUAGAUGCUAGACUUGGGAUUCAGAGACGAGACUUUAGCACUGACCUGUUGCCAGCAUGCUACUCUUAGGUCACUUAGAAAAUAGGAAGAGUUUUUCGGGGUGUUUUGUUUGUUUGUUUGUUUUUGUUUGGCUGUGCCCUUGGCAUGCAAAAGUUCCCAGGCCAGUGAUUGAACCCAAGCCACAGCAGCCACCCGAACCAUAGCAAGUGACAUUGCCAGAUCUUUAGCCUGCUGAGCCACCAAGGAACUCCCAGCUGGUUUGUUUUUUUAACUCAAGCUAAGUAAAUCUUAUUUUGCUAUUGAAUAAAGAGAGAAAUGGCUUAAAGUCAUUUAAAAAAAAAAAAUCUUGUUUUGACAACCCAAGGCCAAAACAAAACAAGAGAACCUCAACUUCUGGGGCAAAUGGGCUGAUACCUCCUCUGGUGUGUUUUCCUUGGGGUGUUUCCUGGUCUCCAUCCUGUAACUAGUGCCUGUUAUUUAAAGGCUUCUUGAGGGUUACUCAAGAAGGAGUACCCAACUUUUUUUUUUUAAGCUUUACAGUUUACAAAACACCUGAAAGGACCCAGAGGCAAAAGUCGUAGUACAUUUAUAGUGGAUGCGGCCAAGGCGUAGAAAUCCGGUUUCAGAGUAAAUCUCCAAGGCCUGCCUCAUGUCAAGGUGGUUGUGCUGCCUUGGGCUCUUCCUUUAUUUCAAAAAGAAAACACAAUUCUCAUUUGAUUCCCCAAAAUUGAUCCCCAUGAGAAUGUACUUUAAAGUAUUUACUGUAAAUAUUCUCCUUCUAGGAGUUCCCAUUAUUUCUCAGCCGUAACGAACCCGACUAGUACUCAUGAGGUUUCGGGUUCGAUCCCCAGCCUUGCUCAGUGGCUUUAGGAUCCAGUGUUGCCGGGAGCUGUGGUGUAGGUCACAGAUGUGGCUUGGAUCUGGGGUUGUUGUGGCUGUGGCCUAGGCCAGCAGCUGCAGCUCCGAUUCAAACCCUAGCCUGGGAACUUCCAUAUGUUGCGGGUGUGGCCCUGAAAAGAAAAAAAUUCUCGUUCUUUUUCUGGUAACAGACUAAAAAUUUCUCACCUUUUACAUGAAUGGUAGAUUCAGUUUCAUAUGACUUUUUGUUGACAGCUAAUUAAAAGGUGUACAUGUGUGUAUCGUGUACACACAGUAGACUAGAGGAAGCCAAAACAGGAAUAAAUUUCACUGAGAUCCAGAAAGUAGCAAUGUAGGGGUUUUAGGGGUGUGUAUCAGUGUAUUUAAUGUAUGUGUAGUUUACUAACAGUUUUAGUUUUAAAAAAGAAGAAUCAUUUUUUGUUUUAAAAACAUUAUUCCUGGAAUUCCCAUUGUGGUUCAGUGGGUUAAGAACCCGACUGGCAUCCCUGAGGGUUUGGGUUCUAUCCCUGACCUCGCUCAGUGGGUUAAGGAUCCAGCAUUGCCUCAAGCUGUGGUGGAGAUCACAGAUGCGGCUCGGAUCCGGCAUUGCUGUGGCUCUCGUGUAGGCCGGCGGCUGCAGCUCCGAUUCCACCCCUAGCCUGGGAACCUCCAUAUGCCGCACGUGUGGCCCUUUAAAAAAAAAAAAAAGUAUAAAUAAAUAAAUAAAUAAAAACAUUAUGCCCUCCAAAUGGUGAGGGAGAGUGUAAGAUAUUCUUCAGCUUUAAUUAAUUUUUAAUUUUAUUCAGGUCAGAGCACUUUCUUUUUAUAGCAAUACAACAGGCGAGAGAAUACUCAGAAAUAUUUAAAAUUGUAUUUAUACCAAGAGUACGUUUUAAGUAUUUUCUAAUACUUGAGCAGUUGUUGUCCGGCUGGCUUUCAAACAUGCCAAAAGUUAAGCAUUCUGUAUUUUUCAACACAUAUGCUUUUUACAGGUUUAUAUUCUCUAAUAAGAAUUCUUAAGUGUUCCCAAAGCAACUGAUGUUUACAGGCCUUUUGUGGAUUUCCUCCUUCUUCAGAGGUCUGGGGGACCUACGACAAAGUUACUCGAUAAAACACUAACGGGGGACUAACUUCUGGUGUAAUAAGUGAGUUGGCCACCACCUUGAUGUAAAAAUUUGUAAAGGAACUUUUUCACCAUUUUGAGUGUCAAACGUUAUUUUUAACUGUCUGGUUUGUACUUCUAUGACUUUUGUACUACCAAAGCUGAGUUCAAAAUAAAAAUGUUAAACACA